CAAAGUCGCUAGGAGGUUGACACUUACGAAGGCGGGAGUUUGUGUUGUUGGUGUCACAUGGUGUAGCCAUAUAUUUGUACAGAUUACUCGUUACUUUCAUUAUUUAUUGUUUUUCUGUGGUUACUGAUUAUUCCACAGUGAGUGGUGGGCAAGAGCAGUGGAACGUGAUGAAGUGUAGUGGAUGCUUAAUAGGUUGCCUCCAGUUUUUCAGACUUAGUGUGACCAGCCUGUGGGAAUGGCUUAUUGAUCACGAUGUAGUUCCAGGCAAGAUGAUGUGCAGAAAAUGCCAGCAACCAGCGAAGUUUUUAUUUUAUGACUUUUCAUUUAGAUGUUGGAGGCCGCGCAUUGUGCGGAAGGGUAGUCGUAUGGUAAAAGUUCAGUGUACGUUUCACCAGAGCGCACGAAAAGGUUCUUGGCUUGGGAAUUCACUGUCAAGUGUGAUCGACAUUGCUCACUUUUGUUCCCUUUGGCUCUGUACUUCGUAUCCUAAGACGGUAAAGCUCAAGAGGAUAACUGGUUUCACUUCACUGACGGUAGGGAACUGGACCUCAGCAUGCCGCGAAACCUGCAUUUCGUGGGCUUCGAAUCCUGCGCGACGGGUAGGUGGUCAAGGCACCGUUGUUGAGGUAGCAGAAGCGAAAUUCGGCGAAAAAAGAUAUUCUCUUGGUAGGAAAAAAGACGUGUGCUGGGUUAUUGGCGGUAUACAGCGCGGAUCGUCCAAAAUAUUCCUUGUUCACGUCGAUAAACAAGGAAAAGAAACUUUGCGACGCGUUUUAUCAGAAAAUGUUCUCCCUGGAACUAGCGUUAUAAACAACUGCAGUAAUGUAUACGGCACUCCGAGUGAGCAGGAUUCGGAACAGAGCGAUGAAAAUCAUGGGCUGCAAUUUGUAUUAUCUAAUAAUAGCGAUGCUGAUACACGAAAUGCGCAAAGAAUGUUGAGACGUCUUCGAAAAUUUGUACCGAAAGGUCGCAAGAGAGAACAGUUUCAGGGGUAUCUGGCAGAGUACGUUUUCAGACAAGCAUAUCGGCCCAAGGAAAGAUUACAUCACUUCUUUGUCGAGGCAAGCAAAGUUGGCUCAUCACGAGGGUCAAUGAUAGCUUAGUACCACGUUGGGCAAAGGCAGUUGUAAAUGCCGCAACAGGGUGAAACCUACUGCUAACGAUUCCAUUCUGUACAGCAUUCUCCAACGUGUCAAGACCUGCAGCAGGGAAGGUGACCUCCAGCAGAUGGAAUCCUGUAGCACGUCUGGUCAGAAUGUUCGAGCAGGACAAGGAGCAGCUGUUAUCCAUGCCCCUCAUCAAUGAAGACAGCCAGCCUGUCCCAGACUCACAGUAGCUGCAGCCCAUUGGAUUCUGUAGCGCAUCUGGUCAGCAUGUUCGAGCAGGACAAGGAGCAGCUCUUGUCCAUGCCACUCAUCAAUGAAGACAGCCAGCCUGUCGCAGACACAGAAGUGCACUGUGGAGCUUACAUCACAUGGUGCAGGUCAGUAUUGCCCUCCAACAUACAAGUCAUCCAGAAAAUUCGUGUUAUACCAAGGAGAAGUGUUGAUUUGGUGGAUCAGAAGCUGCAGCAGGGAGGGUGACCUCCAGCACAUGGAAUUCUGUAGCGCGUCUGGUCAGCAUGUUCAAGCAGGACAAGGAGCAGCUGUUAUCCAUGCCACUCAUCAGUGAAGACAGCAGCCUGUCCCAGACUCACGGAAGUGCACUGUGGAUCUUACAACAAGUGAUGCAGGUCAGUACUGGACUCCAACAUAUAAGUCAUCCAGAAAAUUCGUGUUAUUCUAAGGACAAGUGUUGAUUUGGUGGAUCAGAAGAUGCCAAUUCCUCCCAGUGCUCUACUGAUUUUAACUUAAAACUUACAGAACAGUUUUCAAAGCGCUUAAAUGUUGGUAUAGAAGCGUCGGUGGACAGUGAUUGGCAUGUUGUUAGACAUUUGAAAGUGCAUUGAGAAGUGUUAAGUGUGUUUACAGAGUUUGAAUGGGAUGAACUGUGUGGUACAAUACACUAGAUCCAUCAGCAGAUGACGUUGGAGUAUUUAUUGUCCAUCUCGUUCACCCCUGGACAUAUAUGGUGCUGACCUGAUGCUGUGUCUCACAUAAUUGUGUGACGGUGCGGUACUCAUCGUCAGAUUUGAAUGCUGAUCCUUUAUCUACAAUGCACUAUGGUUACAAACUUAUUCAGCCUAAGGAUGGUGCUAUCUCUUGUAUUGGAAAGACUGAGCAGAUGGCUGCCUUGUGUGCAAACUGUGUAUAAAGACAUUGUGAACUAUCUCUAUAUGUAUAGUGUGCCUGCAGACAAUAUAGAACACUGAAUCAAUGUGGUGUCAGAAGAAGGAGCUAAGACCCAUGUUUGGGAGAAAUACAUGCUGAAUUAUGUAAAUGUAAGAAAGCUGUAAUUGCUAAAUUUCGUGCAGGUGUAAAGAUAAAGAAAGUACAAGUGUAUUUUUUUAAUAUGUAGUGCGCCCUAUGUAUGUUUGGUAAAUAAAAGUAUGUA